AAUCUCGUGCUCUUGGAAAUCGGAGAUGAUCAACUAUCUCGGAAAGUUCUUGUAUACUCCCGGCCUAAGUGGUAAUCCGUACCGCGUAAUGAUGAUGAUAUGCAUGCUUACAUUUUCUAUAAGGUUGUGGGUACCGGCUGCAGGCCAAUAUAAGGACCUUGUCUUCCACCUAUUCUCUACGCUCCCGACUUCUGUCUAUAAGAAUGCCUACGGCCACGGUCAAAUUGAGCACCGGAAAGACUACGUUCAACUACACAAUAUCGACACCCUCAACUUCUUCAGCCAUCUCGAUCGACAGAAAUCUGCCAACAUUGCUAUUUAUUCAUGCGUUCUACCUAGGAUCACGAAUCUUUCAACGACCCACAGAUAAGAAGUUCAAUUGUGUAGCCGUGGAUCUUAGAUUACAUGGGCUCACGACGAGCGAUCCGCUUCCCAAAGGUUACAGCGCAAAGGACACUGCUGAAGACGUCGCGUUGUUCAUGGACACCAUCAAGUUACCUGCCUGCCACAUCGUGGGCCUAUCGAUGGGCAGUACGAUAGCGAUCUCCCUCGCUGUCUACUACCCAAAUCAAGUCGCCUCUCUUUUCCUUGUGUCGCCGCUAGGACUGGAGGAGAUGUCGCCGAUGGCCGGAUGGGAAAUAGCAGAGUACUGGAGGGAAGCGUUCAAGACAGACGAUCCCGACAUGGCAGCCAUCUCUGACUCGGUCUACGGCGCCCAUCAAUUAGGUUUCAACAAUAAUCUCGACGACUUAGUGAACGCGUGCAACUGUGUUCCAGGUUCCUUUGAGCAGUAUGACAGAGCUGUGGUUGGUUUUAUAAGCAACCGAAAGGAAUACACCAAUGAUCAGUUUUCUCGGAUAAGUGCCCCUGUCAAAUUGGUCCAUUGCUUAGGGAGCAUCGCAUACCCUCAGGAAUACUCGGAAAAGUUUAUGCAACAGCUGAAAGAUGCUGCAGUAAAUGCACCGCACUUCGGCGUUGUAACACACGGGGAUAUUGUGAACCGGCUACUCUAUGCAUUCAUUAUAGACAGCUGGUGGAUGUCUGUUCCUCCGGCACCCCAAGAAGUCAGCUCUCCGUGGGAAGCAGAGUUGGCGAAGGCAGGUUGGAAAAAGAGUGGGAACGACCCUGAGGACGAUUGAGACCGGUUCGCUAAUCCUAUACCCUUCUUUUUGCUUUUAGGUACAGAUUGUUAAUAAUGCACAGUAGAGUAUACACGCGCGGUCCUUAUGCGUUAGAAUCAUACUUGUGAAGCUAAGGCCGACUCGGAGUUGACGGUGA